AUGAAGGAAUUCAACAAGUACAGGAACUACCUGGCUGAGGUUCAGCUGGACUGGGACCACAGGUUUAGAGCUGAGCAGAAGGAGCUGGUCAGGAUGCUUCUGUUCAUGCAGAAAGACGGGAAGCUGUCUUCGGACGUUCCCAUAACGGAUGUGAUGGAGUGGAUUCUGUUCGAGGGCAGCGGCGUGUUUACACUGGAGUUCCGUAAAGCCAAGGACAAGCCAGAGAGACUAAUUGGGACAGGAGACUGUUCUCGUAUACAGCUCCCAAAGAUCUACACCCAGAGUGCCUUCUACAGCAGUGAAUGUAAGCACUUUCUAAGCAGAUCUGAGAAGGUUUCCACGGAUUGCUUCUACUCCAUUGUCGGGAACAUCGUGACAUUAGUUGUGAAGGGAGUGAAUGGAAUUCUGAUCCCGGCCAUGCAGAGUUUUGAGUCCAGACCUGCAUUGAAGAAGAACAUCACUGCCUCCGAGAAAUCCCCACUCGACGUCCUUGACUGUGAGCACCCUGGGUCUCUCUCUGUGGACCAUGAGGUAGCAUCCAGACUGUGUCUGGAGCGCUUCUCUGGAGAGCAGGAGGACAGACGGAGGUCAACAUCUCCCAGCAGCCACACCUCUGAGUUACUGAAUCCCGGCCUCAUAAAAGAGGCUGAGAGGAUCAUAUGGGAAGUCAUUUGGAAACAAGAAAUCCAGAGGGCUGGUAAAGACAUCAGCUCAGACGGCAAACUGCUGGGUGGACAUUUCUCCUCAAGGUAUGCCCGCUCAUGCCAUCCAUCAAGGGAAACCUCAGCGACUGUGUCUUACGCUGACAACAUGGUCGACGGUGUCUUGCGUAACAUUGAGGAGGACACAGCUGAAUACACGAAUGAUCCCGCCAAAAUCAAACACAAAAUGACGCCAAUCCCUCGAGCCACACAAUCAGAGAAAUGUGGAAGUCAGAUGAGCGAUACAGCCUCACAGAGUCCAGGAGGCAGUCUACAGCUUCCUGUGGAGUCAGCAGCCUCACAGAGUCCAGGAGGCAGUCCACAGCUUCCUGUGGAGUCAGCAGCCUCACAGAGUCCAGGAGGCAGUCCACAGCUUCCUGUGGAGUCAGCAGCCUCACAGAGUCCAGGAGGCAGUCCACAGCUUCCUGUGGAGUCAGCAGCCUCACAGAGUCCAGGAGGCAGUCUACAGCUUCCUGUGGAGUCAGCAGCCUCACAGAGUCCAGGAGGCAGUCCACAGCUUCCUGUGGAGUCAGCAGCCUCACAGAGUCCAGGAGGCAGUCUACAGCUCCCUUUGGAGUCAGAUCCAAGGCGAGAGGCAGCCAGGGUUUCUUACAGAGUCUUUGAGAAGAUCAAAGAGAAUAUUUCAACAUUCGGACAGGGCCUUGUCCAGCCAGGGAAGGUCAACAAAGAGGUGGAGGAUGUCCUCAUCCUUGGCAUUGUUGAAACUGCUUUAGAGAAGCUAGAAGACAUUACCAAACAGGAAAAACGGAUGAACUUGAACUCAGAGAAAAAUACAGUUGAAACUGUCCCAGUAUCUGUUCUCGACUCUGGCUGCAAGACAGCUUUAUACUCGGGUCACACUGAGGUGUGCAUCGAGAUCCCUCCCCAGCCAUUGUCAUCAAAGUCCCUUCUUACAUACUCAUGUGGGUCACAGGCCGACAUUGUUUCCGACAAAGUAGUCGGAAAUGAUGUUUGCGAAGUUCAAAGGUUGUCAAGUCAGGAGCGUUCGUACAACUCAACAGAACAAGCAGAGGCUGUGUGUGACUCUCAGCACAUGGUUGAAGAUAUCCUACAAGUUCUCAAAGCCCAAGGAACUCCCAUCGUUCAGUAUGAACCCAGGACCUUCGACCGUGUGUCCUCUUCCAUUUCUCAGGCCAUGUUCAAGCACACAAGUAAGACCGCCCUCGAUACCGAGUCAAGCGAACACCCUAGAUGGCUCACCCCGGACGCCUCUCCUGAGCCGCGUGCUUCCACGGCAGAUUCGGGCAAGUCCAGAGGCAUGCUCCCGAAGCUGGCCACGUUAAAGGCACAGGGCCCGCGGGGGACACAGCUGAAGAUGAAAAAGGAAUGCAGGUCACACUCCACAACUCUAACCUCUGAUGUUGUGGAGACCCCGUCCCCCCAUAUUCCCGACGACGUGAUGGUUGGACAGAGAGUCGACGCGGAGGUGUCAUCUCCUGCGACGGGCGAUAGGAAGGAGUGGGAUAAGAGAGGUUUGGGGGUGGGUGUGAUAGAGCCGCCACACAAUCGAGAUCAUUUCUCCAGCCGCGCUCAGACUUCAGAGAAGGUGACACACAAUAGAAGUAUCUGUAAAAGAGGCUUGGAGCAAAAGCUGUCGGCACCUUCCAUGCUCUUACUGCGAUCCACUGUAGAGAAAUUGGUGAACAAGUGGAUGGAUCAUUUCAGUGUGGCAAACCUCUUCUUAUCUGCGUCAGAGGAAAUGGAGCGUCAGGGUUCGAGACCGUGUGACCUGUUUCAGACAUCAGGUGGGCAGACUGAGAAGGUCACAGGGAGCAGCGAGGUCGCCUCGCCACACCUCUGUAACUUUGUGACUCAGUCUGUGAUGGGCUCUUUGCAACUGGAUCACUCGCCCAACGCUUCAACAAAAAAUGCAGUAGAUGUGGGGCCCAUCAUGUGGCCUGCAUGUUCCAUGAAGCCAGAUCCUCCUUGGUCCGGAAGUGCACUAGGGAACCCCUCGGGGGAGCCUGCGUCACUAGUCAAGGCACCUGUGCAGACUCAACACUGCCACCACAACACCAUGGACCAGGGGAUAAGUGUCCUUACGCCUUUGGAGUCUUCAGCUCAACAGGAGCCAGACACUGCCUGUAAAAAGCCGGCAUGGUUUUAUGUCAUUGGAGCCCAACCUGAACCAGGAGAGGGAAUAUCGGCUCCUGAAAGCCUAUGUACAUGUCUUGAGUAUCUACAUUCUCUGCCCAUUGAAGUACUUGAGGAUAUAGUGUCGUGCUUAAUCGUCAACAUCUACUCAGAUGGGGGAGACUUGCAUACGUGCUUGUCCAGUCCUACCUUGAGUGACACUGCCGUGGAUCUCAUCGACGACGUCCUGAAUGAGCUGAAGAUCUCUCCAAACGACGUGGUUGUAUGUGGAGAUCUCGUCAUGCCCGAGUCUUGCACAUUUGAGGUGGCGCGGAGCGUCCACAGGGAGUUACUCAGCUACAGUGGCUCACACGAGAGCCUGCGACAAGCUGUGUCCACAAGCAAAGAUCACAUGGUGAAAAAGAUUGCCAGCUCCAUUUCCUUGGAGGUGUCCAAAGUGGCGAGCAGGAUAGGUGCCGUUAACCUCGACGAUGCCCCUCCCUCACCUGCUCCUGGAGGGGACACCGAUGCUUCCUUGGUGUCCUGCCCAGCAACAAACAUAUCUGAGGACAUCGUUCUCAGAGUCCUGGACAUCAUACCGUUUAGCCAAUCUCCAGAAGCCAAGUGGAUUGGCCUGCAGGGCUCCACCGACAUGAGGAGAGACCUCCUUGACGCUGUCAUGGUGGAGCUUUUGACCAGCCCCCCGAUGCUGACCCUCAGCGUUAGCGCGGCGCGGAGUUGGCGCCAGCCGUCCCGGGAAGAGCUGGAUGGUGCUGCCAGACAGAUAUACCAGAAGAUGGUGGAUCAGUGUGGCUCCGAGGAGGCGCUGGAGAGCGCUCUGAGGCUUCGAACCAAGCUUGUGAACGCAGCUCUGGCUAACACUGUGGCCAACGAGGUGUUCCAGCUCUUUUCCGAUGAAAGGUUUUACUCUGCAACUACCCAUGACCAAGCCACCGAUAUGGAUGAUUGCAGCGCUGCAGAUCACCGCCUGUCCUACACCAGCCGCGGUGUGUGCGCCGUGAACUGCAAGGCAAUGUGGGAGAUCAUCUACAGGUUGCUUCAGGAGUCGUGUCCCAAUAUGCUUAUGGAGGCGCAACUCAUACGUUAUUCCCUCGAAUAUUUCUACAGCGCACUUGAGCGUCUGUCCAGGUGCGAGGAGCUCAAAGUGUGCUGGGACCAGACGGCGUGCGGCGCAUGUCGCGAUCCAUGGGCCACGGAUUUCAUCGCGAGCCGCGUCCGUCAGCGUAGCCAGGAGAGGAUGGGCUCUGAGGUCCGGCUGGGCCCGGCCCUGGAUCCCCGGGACAAGGCCGUCGUUCAGUGCGUCGUGGACCUGGUUGCUGAAGAGACCUUGCUGUUCAUGUCGCACCAUCAUGUCAUCAGCAUCCCUGCAGCUGUUUUAAUGGCUAAGGAUGACACAUCGUCACCUGGCAAGGAAGAUGGAGACAGUAAUGAGUUCACACGAAAGGGUCUUCUUUCUGCAAUAAAGGGCUUUUUCGGUUUUAAUAAAACCGGUAGCCCGUCCCCGGUGGAUUGUGUAGUGCACUUUCACAGGAGAGGACAACACGUUCUGAGUGGGAAAAUAAAAAAGCGUUCUCGGAGAGGGCGUUUUAUCACACUGGAGGAAAGGAAAAGACGGCUAGCGGAACAGAUGAGGACAUGUGACUCUCAGAUGUCAGACAAGUCAGACACAGGGUUCACAUCUGAGCAACAACCCGACAGACAUCUGAGGGGACGUUUUGGAUGGGUCCUCUCCAAGCUCAUGUGUGCUGAAGACAUCUACUCUAUGGAUUGUUUGUGAUGUUUUCAUCCUGGAAACCUUUUGUGGAAUAGCUGUGGAAGGAAAGCAUUUAAUAAAGGGAUUA